AUGGCUUCUUGCGUAGGUUACUUUCCAAACCCUUCGCCGUCCCUCUCUUGCCGCCCGUCCUACUCCACCACCUUGCUCUCAGCUGGAUCCCAGCCAUUUCGGCCGCGCCGUAUCAUGGUCAGGUGGCAGCCACCUCGCGCAGGCUGGUUCAAGCUCAAUUUCGACGGAUCGGUGUACCACGACGGCUCCGGCCGUGCCAGCAUCGGCGGCGCCAUCCGGGACUGCAACGGCCGCGUGCUGGCCGCCUUCGCCGAGCGCACGGAGCACUCCACGGUGGGCAUCGUCGAGGCACGGGCGAUGAUCCGUGGCCUGCGGCUCGCUCUGGGUUGCUUCCUGGGCAGGCUGGUGGUGGAGGGCGACGACCUGGUGCUGGUGCAGCUUCUCCGCGGCGAGGAGACGCAGACGCGCAUACCGCUUCCCAUGCAGGAGGAGAUCCUCGGGCUGCUCGCCCGCUUCUCGGCAUGCGAGGUGCAGCACAUCCAUCGCGAGGGCAACCAGGUCGCGCACGUUCUGUGCCAGCAGGCGUACCACAGGCCCGGGGUGUGGAUGGGCGGCCUCGUGCCGCGCGCCGCCUGGGAGAAAGCAGAGGACGACCUGCACGGCGUGGCGCACGAGCGCCUCUGCAAGACCAAGGCGAUGGCGUGCUGA